GUCGAACUGUUGAGGUUUGUAUUAGGCCUCAAUAUGACUGCAUUUCAAGUUUGUUUCUCAUAGAUGGAUGUUGAAGACCAGUUACAUUGCUACUGAUGCUGGAGUUGAUAAUCCCCGUCAUGUGAACUACAUACAGAUAAUCUGAUUGUCCAUAAUGUGGGCAUUGGCAUUACUUCCUGUUCUCCUGGCAGUAGGAGGCACAGCUGGUAUCUGGGCAGUGUACGGAGUUGCAGUUUCCAAUAAAUCGAUUAAUCUGACGGCAGGAUUCCCAUACAUCAGCACAUAUGGUUCCUACUACCCCCAGAGCUGCUGGUUCUCACAGAUCUGCAAUGUGAGCAGUUUUCUGAUCAUAUGGAUUGUGGUGAUCCGCUAUCAGCAGGUGCGUGACCUGUGUUACCGGUGUCGCCGUACCAACCUGCUGGCCCUGGUUCUCGGCUUCAUAUCCUCUAUAGGGGUAUCUAUCCUUGGCAACUUCCAGCAGUCUGUGUAUUUGGGGAUACACCUGUUUGGUGCUUUCCUGGCCUUUAAUGUGGGUCUGGUGUACUUCUGGGUGCAGCUCUGGCUCACCUAUAAGGCCGAGCCGUCUCAGGACCGCCGCUGGCUGGGACCACUACGCGCCGUCCUCUGCAGCCUCAGCACUGUGUGCCUUAUUGCCAUGGUUGUGCUGCACAAGAUGGGCUCCAAGUCUCCUGCAGCCAGGUGCGAGUGGGCUCUGAUCAUGACGUUUUUCCUCCUCUUUUCAUCCUUUGCCGCCGAGUUCCGGCUCAUCGAAUGCCACCAGCUCACUGUGCACAAGCACAUGCGGGAAGAGAUCUUCAGAAGCCGCCUGAUGGACAUGUACCCUGAGGGAUAGCCUGCAUGGUUUGAGCCAUAUCUCCUGGUAGCUCUGGAGUCAUCGCUAAAGCACUACAGGAUUGAGUGCUGUUUGCAGAGUGAAUUAUGCAGUACUAUGGAUGUGAUAUUUCACUGUGUUAUGUGUGGGACAUUGUUGGAAAGUGUCACGUAGUCUCAGCAUGUUGUCUCCAGUUUCACAUAGUACCAAAGAUUGGAGAUAGAUAAUAUUUUUAACAAAAUCUGACGAACACAAGGACACAAGCACAACCACUCCUGACAACAUACUAUUAUUGUAAUAAUUUACAUUCACUCAAAGCCCAUACAUUUUUAAUGUAUGAUUGGAGGUUGAUAGAAAUGCAUGCAGGCUUUUCAAAGCUUGUGGGUUAUUUAUUAAUUCAUAAUAAAUAUUUCAAUUAACUUUUCAGAUUCUCUUAUCUAUUGUGGGAGUGUACCUCCCCAGGUAGGCUACCAUGUUCCCCACUUUGUAUGGGACUGGGGAACAUAGGACCCGGGGAACAUAGGGAUGACCCUGCUAUUAUCCAGGCUGCAUUGAAACAAAAGUAAACUUGGUGUAGUCAAUAACAUAGGCUGUAAGUUAAAUAAUUUCCAUUCACUCAUAGCCCAUACAUUUUAAGAAGUUAAAAGAAAUGUAUGCAUGCCUUGUGAUAUUAUACAAAGCUUUAUUUGUGGGUUAUUUAUUCAUUCACAAUAAAUAUGGCAAUUA